AUGACAUUACAAUCUCUAGAUCAUUCAAGAGACAAUUAUAUGUUCCAGAGAAGACAAAAGAAACUAGAAACAUCCUCUAGGCAUAACCUUCUUCUCAAACCACAAACUUUAGACCAUAAACUCACCAAGAGAGCCCUACUGAAUUUGACUACCUUGGGAUUUACGUCAUCUCUAGCAACUUUUUUGGCUCGCCCCGCGAAAGCUGAACCAGAAGCUCCCAUGGAAGCCACUUCCAAUAGAAUGUCGUACUCGAGGUUCCUGCGCCAUCUGGAAGAGAAUGAAGUGAAGAAAGUUGACUUGUUCGAGAACGGGACUGUUGCGAUUGCAGAGAUCUCCAAUCCGGCAUUAAGAAAGAUCCAGAGGGUUAGGGUUAACCUUCCCGGUUUACCGGUCGAUCUGAUCAGGAAGAUGAAGGAGAAGAACGUAGAUUUCGCUGCUCAUCCCAUGGAGGUGAACUGGGGAGCUUUCUUGCUCGAUUUCUUGGGGAAUUUCGGGUUUCCUUUGCUCUUACUUGGCUCUCUGCUUUUAACAUCUUCUUCGAAUAAAACCCCUGCUGGACCCAACUUGCCUUUUGGUCUUGGGAGAAGCAAAGCUAAGUUUGAGAUGGAACCAAACACCGGGAUAACAUUCGAGGAUGUAGCAGGAGUAGACGAAGCCAAGCAAGACUUUGAAGAGAUUGUUGAGUUCUUGAGAACCCCAGAGAAAUUCUCAGCCUUGGGGGCUAAAAUCCCCAAAGGCGUCUUAUUGACCGGACCGCCUGGAACCGGAAAAACUCUCUUGGCCAAGGCCAUAGCCGGAGAAGCAGGUGUUCCGUUUUUCUCAUUGUCCGGCUCGGAGUUCAUAGAGAUGUUUGUUGGUGUAGGAGCAUCUAGGGUUAGAGACUUGUUCAACAAGGCAAAGGCUAAUUCGCCUUGUUUGGUGUUCAUUGAUGAGAUUGAUGCUGUUGGAAGAAUCAGAGGAACCGGUUUAGGAGGAGGAAACGACGAACGUGAGCAAACGCUAAACCAGAUUUUAACCGAAAUGGACGGGUUUACUGGGAAUACUGGAGUGCUUGUGAUCGCUGCAACGAACCGGCCAGAGAUUCUAGACUCUGCUUUGAUCCGACCAGGAAGAUUCGAUAGGCAGAAAUUUUCAAAUUCAAAGUCAAACCGGACCGAUUUGGUUUCCGUUGGUUUACCGGAUAUCAAAGGAAGAGAGGAGAUAUUGAAAGUUCACAGCGAAGGCAAAAAACUUGACAAGGAAGUGAGUUUGAGCGUGAUUGCCAUGAGAACUCCCGGUUUUAGCGGAGCUGACCUGGCGAAUCUUCUGAACGAAGCAGCUAUUCUCGCCGGAAGAAGAGGAAAAGACAAAAUUACCCUCAAAGAGAUUGACGACUCGAUUGAUCGGAUAAUCGCCGGUAUGGAAGGGACGAAGAUGAACGACGGUAAAAGCAAGGCGAUUGUAGCGUACCAUGAAGUCGGACACGCAGUUUGUGCGACAUUAACGGUGGGUCACGACCCGGUUCAGAAAGUAUCAUUGGUUCCGAGAGGUCAAGCACGUGGUCUCACGUGGUUCUUACCGGUGGAAGACCCGACAUUGGUUUCGAAACAGCAAUUGUUCGCUAGAAUCGUCGGAGGACUCGGAGGCAGAGCCGCUGAGGAAGUAAUUUUCGGAGAACCGGAAAUAACCACCGGAGCCGCCGGCGAUCUCCAGCAAAUCACCCAGAUCGCAAGACAGAUGGUGACGAUGUUUGGUAUGUCGGAGAUUGGUCCGUGGGCUCUAACCGACCCAGCGGCUAAGCAAGACGACGUCGUUCUAAGGAUGCUCGCUAGAAGCUCCUUGUCCGAGAAACUCGCGGAGGAAAUUGAUUCGUGCGUGAAGAAAAUAAUCGGUAACGCUUACGAGAUCGCGAAGAAUCACGUGAGGGAUAACAGAGAAGCCAUAGACAAGCUUGUUGAUGUUUUGUUGGACAAGGAGACCUUAACCGGAGACGAAUUUCGAGCAAUUUUGUCUGAAUACACUGAUAAACCGUUAAAUACCGAGGAUAGAGUUCGAAUCAAGGACUUGAUUAGUGUGUAA